UUCCGCCGCAGUCCAGUCGUGGUCGCGGAAGCAGCAGCAGCAUCAGCCUCGUCAGCAUGGAGAGCGCCGCCAUCAGCCUGUUCUGUAACGGAGCGGGGAGGAUCCCGUUCAACAAGGGCUCGGAGAGCCAGCUGGACCGCCCGGACCGGCCCGACCGCGGCCUGGAGGGACUACAGGCAGCGCCCGGACCCGCUAGCAAGGCCGCCAUGGCCGGAGGGUCGCUGCCCGAGUCCCCGGAGUCCGACGACUUCGUGCCCGACUUCGGCGGCAGCGCCCUGGUGGAGGAGACCCGGCGGCUCAUCGGGGGCUUUUACCGCGGAUAUAUCGGCCAGAAGACCCGGGACCAGCACCCCGCCCACGGCACGAUGAGCAGGGUGGUGGAGGGGGUGAUCCUCAAGCACAGCAUCGCGUACAACGGUAUGGUCCAGCGAUUGUGUUUGGAGCAGCAAGACGAUAGCAUGGAGUUUAUUAGCAGUGUGGCGAAGACCCUGUUCAAUGAUGGGACCACCAACUGGGGGCGGAUUGCCAGUCUGGUGGCGUUUGGUGCGGUGGUCUGUGAGCAGAUGAAGGAAGCAGGCAGAGAGCAGUGUGUGGAGAACGUCAUACAACACAUCUCAACGUACCUCAGUACAGACCAGCGACAGUGGCUCAUCAACAACAAAGCCUGGGGAGGUUUUGUGGAGUUCUUCCGUGAAGACGACUCCGAGUCACGCGUACGGAACGCUCUUAUGGCCUUCGCGGGAUUCGCUGGCCUGGGGGCGGGGCUAGCACUACUGAUGCGCUGAUUGGGUUGGUGCCCCAGCGCAGUUACCACGAAUGUUCGGGUCCGAUUGUGAUCCCUCCCCUCUGGGAGACCACCAUCAGCUGGCCGGCCAGUCAGGGCCCUUCGAUUGUGCUAGCCCUGUAGCACGUCUCAGCGGAGAGGAAAAGAAGAGCUUUAUUUAAGUGGCCGGAAAUGCUGGUCAUGAUAUUCAUGAUCCUGAGUUUAUUGUUUAUGUAACUUCUUGUGUGAUAGUAUGAGCUUCUUUCCUGCGCCGGAUCGUGGGUGAUUCGGUGCUGCUGAGAGAGGAAGCAGGUCCAGCUCCGUGUGUACAGUCUAAAGUUUUAUUUUUGUAAGAAAUGAACUCGUGCACCACUGUGGGGUGUGAAUAAACCUUUCCUUCCACUCAGA